CAUCACAGCGAGGGAAAUUUCCCCAAUUUCUCACACAACUCUCUCUCUCUCGUCACUCCCAAACCCUAAAAUCCCUAACUUUGCCCCUAAGUUCUUCGAUAAUGGGGAAGAGAUCACGCCGAGUGAGAUCCUCGAGCACAAUGCUGAACUCUACGCCGUUCAAGGAUCGGAUUGGGUUCGAUCUUAACAUCGCGCCUGGAUCCGGAUCAGGAUCGCAACCCGUUGAGUUCACUAUCGGGUCAGGGAAAUUGGAUCCGGAGCCUGAAGAGAAGGAGAGAGUGGUGGGGUUUGGGGAGUUCUUGAGGGUUUGUUUCUACUGCAAGAAAACGAUUGAGGGAAGGAAACAGGUCUACAUGUAUCGGAGUCUGCUAGCUUUCUGUACAACCACUUGCCGGGAGAAGCAAAUGGAGUUGGAUGGUGUAUUAGAGUAAGGCAAACUCAAUCAGCGUGACUCCCAUAUAAAAGGUUCUACUAGUUAGAUCCAUGCUCAUAUCGCAACUAUUUUCUAAAUAUAGAAGUUUUACCUGAUUAGCUUUCGUGCGUAUUGAAAUGGACUGUACAUAGCUUAAAAAUCUGAUGAUCUAGAUGGAAGUCAGGGUAUUGGAUAGCCUCCUUAGGUGAUAACAAGAUUUAGCUUUAUGGUGUCUGAUUCGUGGCAUCGAGUGUCGGAUUCAAAUCAUUAUGCAUAUUUAUGCAUGAUAUUGAAUGAAUCCGUUGUUGUUGCUUUGUUUUCAUGUAUGGAUAUGAGGUCAAAAUAAUUAUGGCCAAACUAGCUUUUAAGUAUUGGUUUUCAAUUCUAUUUUUGCAUGCAAAUGCACUUCAUAUUUUCUUUA